AGUAAACUAUCUGCCUCUCAUACUGCAUUUACCACACCACACAUCUCUGUCAGCCAUGGGUCUUCAUCACAUACAGUUUGAGCUGGCUGGAAAGUGUACUGGUCUCCAGAUCUGGAGGAUUGAGAAAAUGGAUCUGGUUCCUCUGCCAGACAACUUGAAGGGAAGCUUCUAUGUAGGUGAUGCCUACCUGGUGCUCAACACUGUCAAACAGAAGAACUCAUGUUCCUAUGGCUUGCAUUUCUGGUUGGGUAAGGAGUGCACCCAGGAUGAAAGCACAGCAGCUGCAAUCUUUACUGUUCAGUUGGAUGACUACCUGGGAGGUAAACCGGUUCAGUACCGUGAACUCCAGGGUGUCGAGUCCACCACCUUCACCAGCUACUUUAAAGGAGAGAUCACAUACAAGAUGGGAGGUGUAGCAUCAGGAUUUCAUCAUGUGGUCAUCAAUGAUCUUUCUGCCAAGCGACUCUUCCACAUCAAGGGCAGACGGACUGUCCGAGCCACAGAAGUGCCUUUUUCAUGGGCCAGUUUCAACAAGGGCGACUGCUUCAUAGUAGAUAUGGGGGAGAAAAUCUAUCAAUGGUGCGGGUCUAUGUGCAACAAGUUUGAGCGCCUCAAGGCUGCCCAGGUGGCUGCUGGCAUUCGAGACAAUGAGAGGAAUGGGAGGGCACGACUUGUGAUUGUAGAGGAAGGACAAGAGCCUGAUGAGAUGUUUAAGGUUCUUGGUAAGAUGCCUGAACUCAGUGAUGGAGACGAUAAUGAGGAUGUGAUUGCUGACAUGUCAAACAGGAAAAUGGCAAAGCUUUACAUGGUAUCUGAUGCAAGUGGGAAAAUGCAAGUGUCGCUUGUGUCAGAGGAGAAUCCAUUUAACCAGAGCGACUUGUUGUCAGAAGAAUGCUUCAUUCUGGACCACGGAAAAAGCAAAGUUAUUUAUGUGUGGAAAGGUCGUAAUGCUAAUCCCAGUGAGAGGAAGGAGGCCAUGAAAACAGCUGAGGGCUUCAUCAAACAGAUGGGCUAUCCUGCAAACACCCAGAUCCAGGUUCUUCCAGAGGGUGGGGAGACACCCAUUUUUAAGCAGUUUUUCACAAAUUGGAAAGACAAGGACCAGGCUGAGGGUCUAGGCCGAGUUUACGUUACCGAGCGGAUUGCCAAGAUUCAGCAGUCUGAGUUUGAUGCCUCCAAGCUACAUGAGUCACAUCAAAUGGCUGCUCAGUACAACAUGGUUGAUGAUGGCACUGGAACGACACAGAUUUGGAGGGUAGAAUGCGGUAAUACCACAGGAGAUACCAAAGUUCCUGUUGACCCAGAAACAUAUGGGCAGUUCUAUGGAGGGGACUGUUAUAUCAUUUUAUAUAAUUACACCAAGGGACAAAUCAUCUACACCUGGCAAGGUUCCAGUAGCACAAUAGAUGAACUGACAGCUUCAGCCUUCCUUACCGUUGAAUUAGACCGCUCUCUAGGUGGACACGCUGUUCAGGUGCGAGUGACACAAGGAAAGGAACCACAGCAUUUGCUGAGUAUCUUCAAAGACAAACCUUUGAUUGUGUAUAAGAAUGGGACUUCCAGAAAGGGAGGACAAGCACCUGCACCUCCAACCCGCCUCUUUCAAGUUCGAAGGAACCUGGGUACCAUUACACGUAUUUAUGAGGUCGAGGCUAUGGCGUCAAGUUUAAACACCAAUGAUGCCUACCUGCUGAAGUUACCUCAGGGUGAUGCGUAUGUGUGGAAAGGGAAGGGGGCCAGUGAGGAAGAAGUACGAGGAGCAAAGUACCUGAGUGAGAAGCUGAAGUGCACAUCCCAACCAAUUUCAGAAGGAAAAGAGCCAGAGAACUUUUGGAAGGCUCUGGGUGGAAAGACAGAGUAUCAGACUUCUAAGAUGUUAGAGAGUGAAACUAUAGCUCAUCCUCCUCGACUGUUUGCCUGUUCCAAUAAAACUGGAAGGUUUUCUAUUGAAGAGGUACCUGGUGAGUUUAACCAAGAUGACCUGGCAGAGGAUGAUGUCAUGUUACUGGAUGUCUGGGAUCAGGUAUUUGUUUGGAUUGGAAAGGAUGCCAAUGAGGUGGAGAGGACUGAGUCUGUAAAAUCUGCAAAAAUGUAUAUCGAGACAGACCCAUCAGGACGAGACAAGGGGACAUCUUUGGUUGUGGUAAAGCAGGGGCAUGAGCCCCCCACCUUCACCGGCUGGUUCCUGGGGUGGGACGCCUCUCAAUGGGACAGGGAUGUUGUGGAAAGAGCAGUAAAAUCCCUGCAGGUUAACUGAGAGCUGCCAUUCUGCAAAUCUUGAACGCAAGUGACUUCACUGGAAAGAAACAACAGGUUGCUGUUUACUAAUGAUGAGUGUCUUGGAGCUUUCUAUUAAACUCUAUAGAAACUAUGCCAUAUGUUCAAAAUGCCAAAUUAUCUGAGAGAAAAUAGGCCUAUAUCACCUUGCUAUGAGGAUACUCUAUACAUAUACAAUAUACUGAUCUUAAAGCUCUGUAUUUCCCAUUUUUCCUAUUGUGUCGUACUCUGUAUUUCUGAAUAUAUGCUUUCAAAAUGCAAAACUAUUCUACAA